CUUUACUCCCAAUUAAAGGAAAUAUUCACACCAAGCUCACGAAACAGACUUUGGAGCCAUGGAGUUUCAGCAAUGCCAUGAGCAAGGGCCCUAUACUCGGCCUCAUUGGAAAAACGAAAAACAGUUUUCUAGUGAGCAGAUUUCCAAGAGACCAGAUUAAAUCUAAGAUAAACAACAUAAGCGGUAAAAUCUAGUAGCCUCCACCAGGAGUAGGGUCGGUGGUACCCCGUCCACACAUAGCCCGCGGCUACCACGACCAAAAGCACCUCCACAAUCGCCACCACACAUGCGCUGUUUGUGAUUUGUCGUAUAUACAAGAUCGGACGUGACAGUUGAGCGAUUGAGAAUUUCACGCUCACACUCCUUUAAAAUAGUGGUAAGCUCAUCGAUAGAGAUAUCAGCAUUACACCCAGCAACGACUGAUAGAGGGCAGAGUAAUCCUCUCCAAGUUGAGACAUGAUGUGAACCGAAUGAUCCUCAUCUGUCACGAGGCUAACAGCCAAGGCAAGAUCGGAUGCAAUUGUUGUCAUGUCCACAACAAAGACAUCAAUGGUACGGUUCUCGCGAUGAGUUUUCGCCAAUUGGGAUGUAAGAUAAAUAAUACGCACGCGAGACAUAUUGGCAAGGUUUUUGGUCAACCAAGACCAAUCAUCUGCUAAAGUAUCAACGAGAUGGAUCAACGGUUGAACGACGUUUGUGUAGCUAGCAAGAAUAGCACCGAGAAGAAUGACAUCCUGACGAUACCACAAGGUAUACGCAGGGUUGCAGUGCUUGUGAGCAGCGUCGAGAAAGGGAGAUGGAGCUUUAAGCGAACCAUCGACAUAGCCAAUAAGAUUGAGACCAGCGAGAGGGUGUCUGAACCUGAUAGCGCCACACAAGGUAGUUGGUCUUGGUUAAUUUGAUGGGGAAAUGCUUUGAGACAUACAUGCAAAUGAGGCCCGACAAAGAUGAUGAACCAAAGUCCACAGAGCUAGAGCAGGAAAUAGUCAUCAACAAUUGUUGGAGAUGGGAGACGCCCAAAGGCGUAUAUCCACGAGAGGAAAAAAACCUGUUUAAAAUAAAUGCUCCGAUACCAUAAAGAUAGGGAAUGGAU